AUGUCCGCCUCUGCCGCCUUAUCCCUGUAUCGUCGGUCCCUGAAGCAGUCACUGGACUGGGCUGUUGACCGCCGAGUAUGGCGUGGCCAGGCGGUCUACAUUCGGUCAUUAUUUGAAGCCAAUAAGGACGUUCGCGACCCUCGUCAGCAACAGGUCUUGCUGCGCGAGACAGAAAAGUUACUGGAAGAGUGGAAACACCCGGAUCCCUACCGCCCACCAACCGCUCCAGGAGGUAACAAGUGGGAGCGCAACCUACCUGCCCGCAUUCUACCAUAUGCGGCACCUCCGGCUGCCCACUGA